AUGUCCUCCACACAGCAGCUCGCUUGCACCUACGCCGCGCUUCUGCUUGCCGACAGCGGUAAGACCAACGUCGAGAACCUGCUGAAGGUGACAAAGACUGCCGGCGUCGAGGUCAGCAAGGGAAUGGCCACCGCCUUCGCCAACCUGCUCCAGUCCGUCAACGUCAACGAGUUGCUCGCCAACGUAAGCUUCGCCGGGGGUGCCCCUGCGGCCGCGGGCGCUGCUCCUGCUGCUGGUGCUGCAGCCCCCGCUGCGGCCGCCGAGGCCAAGAAGGAAGAAGAGGAGGAAGAGGAUGACGAUAUGGGUUUCGGUCUGUUUGACUAA